AUCGAAGGUAGCUGCGACGACGAAAAUUGCUCAUAUCUUCCACAAAAAGACAAUUUUGCAAGGGUUUUUCGGCCAAUAUUUCCAUUGAACCCAGUUUUCGAAGGUUAAUAAGCACUACGAACGUGUCGGCAAACGGUACAGUUUCCAUUAGCACGAGAAAAUGUCGCAAGAGGUAGAAGAGACACUAAAACGAAUUCAAUCGCACAAAGGUGUUGUAGGAACGAUUGUAGUCAACAAUGAAGGAAUCCCCGUAAAAAGCACGCUCGACAAUACGUCCACCGUGCAGUACGCCGGGUUAAUGAGCCAGCUGUCCGAUAAAGCCCGGUCCGUGGUGCGUGAUCUGGAUCCUUCGAACGAUUUAUCCUUUCUGCGGGUCCGAUCCAAAAAGCAUGAAAUAAUGGUGGCUCCAGAUAAGGACUUUUUGCUAAUUGUCAUUCAAAAUCCGACGGACUGAACUGGUUGACCAGCCACACACGGUUCAGUAGGGCAGUUUUUGUUCUAGCUUUCCUCGUUUCUGCCGGUAAGAACCUUUAAACCAUCAAAAUGAAACCUUGUGCACUACCGUACACGAAAAGCAAUUUAAUUGAAGAGAAGUUUAAUAUAAAAUUCAUAGAUUGAUUUGUGCUAUUUUUGCUUAGUGGUCACGAUCCACUUUCCAACAUAAUUUAUAGUGUCUAUCCGUAAAGAGGAAAAAAUAUCGCGAUAAAAUAUUAAUACAGGCACACGCCAGGGUUUGAAGACAGUUUUUUCUUAACAUGUUUUAUUUAUAGUUCAUCUAUAUAAAAAAAAAGAUUAAAACACAUUCAUACUCUUGCAUCAUUUCUAAAAUCUCGCUUCACAAACAUUCGAACAGUUGUUUUCCGUCGGUUUCAAAGUAACGAAUACUUUUUUGCCACUCGUUCGGACUGCAGCUUUCUCUUCCCUGCAUCGUACAACGCUGAUAUAGAAUAGAUUCGCAGAUGAAUUUCUUCCUUAAAUCACAUUUGUAAGUUGUUUAGAAAGUAGUAGUUACGAACAAACUUCCCGGACCGUGAAAUGCUUACUUGAUAGAAAACUGUAAUUGAGCGUUUCAUCAGUCGUUAAGUACUUGGUUGCCGUCAAUUCGAUGUUCAUGAUGUGAAUCAAUGGGAACGGGUCGGUGGAUGUGCGUAAAGGGAUAUUUUUACCCUCGUCUAUUCAUGUGCCUCAAUGUCAACGAUUCUGCUACGGUGUGAAGAUGAAAGUGUACUGGGUGAAUUCCACUCUACAAAGACAGCUUAGGAUAGUUUCUGGUUUAACAGUUUGGUCCAUUAUUACGCAUACAAAGUAAGUAGUUUAGGUGGGUGUGUUUUUUGCUGAUAAAAUACAUUUUGAUCACAUGUACCGGCUUUUCAGCCGUGAAUCCCGAUAGAU